AGAAGUCCCGGUUGUCAAUCAUUCACCCACUGUUAGCGAUGGCACCUAAUCAGAAUUUUGCUGCCGUAGUGCACGGCCCAAACGAUCUUCGCCUGGAGCAACGUCCCAUACCGGAGCCGGCCUUCAACGAGGUGGUCGUCGAGGUGGAUUGCUGUGGAAUCUGUGGAACCGAUAUCCACUUCCUGAAGGAAGGUGGCUUCGGUGCCCAGAUGCUGAUCAAACCCAUCGUACUGGGACACGAAUCGUCCGGAGUGGUACGGAAAGUGGGCAGCAAGGUGACUCACUUGGCGAUAGGUGAUCGCGUUGCGAUCGAGCCAGCCGCUGGAUGUCGCACUUGUGAUCUGUGCAAGGUCGGCAAGUACAAUGUCUGUCUGGAUGGUAAACACUGUACCACGCAGAAACACGACGGAAACUGUUCGAACUACUACGCACAAUAUGCGGACUGUUGCUACAAGUUGCCGGAUCACGUCACGAUGGAGGAAGGCGCCAUGCUGGAACCUCUGUCGGUGGCAGUCUACGCCACUCGUCGUGUCGACGUUAGUUUAGGCAGCAGAGUGAUCAUAUUCGGAGCAGGUCCGAUCGGGCAAAUGUGCUUGAUCGCGGCCAAAGCGAUGGGUGCUACGAGGACUGUGGUCCUAGAUUUGGCUAGGGUCAAACAUCGACUGGAUCUAGCGAAGAAGCUAGGAGCUACGGGUGUGAUCGCGAUCACCAAAGAUGAUAAGGAGGAUGAUCUAGUGAAAAGAAUUCAACAGCUUCUAGGAGGCCCAGCUGAUCGAGUUCUGGAAUGCACCGGUUCCCAGCCGGGAAUUCGAAUCUCGAUCAAAGCCACCAGGAACGCUGGCAAGAUCUGCCUCGUUGGGCUUGGUAACGACGACGUUAAAUUGCCCAUGGUGGAUGCCAUCUCGCGGGAAAUCGAUAUCAUAACGGCCAUGCGGUUCAACCAUGACUUUCCGGCUGCUCUGGAGAUUGUAGCGAGCGGGUAUGUAGACAUCAAACCACUUGCCUCACAUCACUUUGAGCUGAAGGACGUCCACGAGGCGUUCCGUGUUGCCAGUCAAGGCGAAGGGAACAAGGUACUGAUCCAUCUCGUUCCGCGAGAUACCAACAAUAGGAAGAAGUUUGUAAAUUAAGAUUUAUUCAAUAAAG